GGGCCAGAGCGGCGCCGUGCCCCCCCCCCUCCACCAAGAUGGCGCAGGUGAACAUGGCGGAGCUGUCGCUGCCGCAGCUCGAGGUGGUCAAGAGCCAGCUGGACCAGGAGGUGGAGUUCCUGUCCACGUCCAUUGCUCAGCUCAAGGUGGUGCAGAACAAGUACGUGGAAGCCAAGGACUGUCUCAACGUGCUCAACAAAAGCAACGAAGGGAAAGAGCUGCUGGUCCCACUUACCAGCUCGAUGUAUGUGCCGGGGAAGCUCUCAGAUGUCAACCACGUCCUCAUCGACGUGGGGACUGGCUACUACGUAGAAAAGUCGGCUGACAAUGCCCGGGAUUUCUUCAAGCGGAAGAUCGAUUUCCUGACGAAGCAGAUGGAGAAGAUCCAGCCGGCGCUGCAGGAGAAGCACACCAUGAAGCAAGUUGUGGCAGAGGUUUUGAGCCAGAAGAUCCAGCAGCUCGCAGCCGUGGGAGCCUCACAGGCAGCCACCACCAAGGCAUAGCCCUCAGCCGUGGCCUGCGCUAGCCCUCAGCCUCGCCUGGGGACAUUGCAGUCAGGCAGAAGCCAAGAAGCUGCUGGGGACGGAGCUAUGGAGCCCCUGCCCCCUGCGGGAGGCCGUGCAGAUUCUGUCCUGUCACAUAUGUGCCGUGUCCACCCAGGGGACCCCCCCCUCCUUUUUUUUAUAUGUUGCACAUGCUGUUGGUGUCUGGGAGAAAUAAAGAAUGGAGAACCAGC